GAAAACGGACCCGAGUCCACCUCCUCCCCCUCCGAUAGGAUUCGACCCACUCCAAAAACCCCAAAUUAAAAUCUUUCUCCCUCUUCGGAGAUCCGACCAAAACCCUCGAAAAAAAAUGGCCGCCACUGCGCGAAAGCUACUGCUCUCAAGAAUAUCCCUCCUCUCUCGGUCACAAAUUACGCGUAGGUCGCCGUUCUGUCGUUCGUUUGCAGCGAAGCCCUUCCCGUCUUCCAAGUCACGUGACAUCCCUCCUCAUCCUCCAUCAGAGAGCUCAGGUGCUGAGGAAGAAGAGGAGAUCCCAACAUCGGGAAUAUGCAAGCCUUUGUCUGAGAUCUUGAAGGAACUCAGCAAGAAAGUCCCUGAUUCUUUCAUCAAAGUCCGAAACGAGGACGGCUUUACUAGCAAAUAUGUCCCUUGGCACAUCGUCAACCGAAUCUUGAACUUGCAUGCUCCAGAAUGGUCUGGUGAGAUCCGAAGCAUAGUUUAUUCAGCUGACGGAAAGUCUGUGACAGUAGUUUAUCGUGUUACACUUUUUGGGACAGAUGCAGAGAUUUACAGGGAAUCAAGUGGAACUGCUUCUGUUGAAGACACAAGGUUUGGUGAUCCAGUACAAAAGGCAGAAGCAAUGGCUUUUCGUCGAGCUUGUGCACGACUUGGCUUGGGGCUUCAUCUUUAUCAUGAAGAUGCUUUAUAGCAAAUGAUUCCCAUGUGUCAUGGUAUGCAUUUUGCUCUCAGCUUUUGUUAAAAGUUCAAGCAUUCAAUGUAUCUGAAAUCGAAUUUAUAAAUUGGCCUUGUAAGUUGGUGAUAGCAGCUAUGCUUCUAUACAGUAUCAGGUAUGUUAAUUAUAGCUAGAUAUUGUAUCUUAUAUUUUGAACGAUGUACAAAAACUGUUGGCUGUUAUUGUCAAGUCGAAUAAUAUCCAAAAUUCCUGCAGCUUGUUGGUUGCUCUUGAGCGUA